AUGGAUACGUUGUUUAGACUAGUCAGCCACCAAUCCGAUCAGUCCUUCAAUUCUAGCAGAACUUCAAGCAGCUCCAGAUCUUCUAAACAAAACCAUCACCAAGAAGAAGAAGAAUGCUUCAACUUUUUCAUGGAUGAAGAUGAUUUCUCUUCUUCUUCUUCCAGACAAUACUAUCCUUACCCACAGCAACACCAAACUUCUAACACCCCCACCCCUACACAAACCACAACAAACACAAGCACUCCAACACACCAAGCCUUUGAAUCUGCUGAUUUCUCUUUCUCUCCCGCUCGAGACAUAAACCUUGAAUUCGCCUCUUCGUUUUCCGGCAAGUGGGCUUCGGAUAUUCUGAUCGAGGCAGCUCGAGCGAUUGCUGAUAAGAACAGUGCUCGUCUUCAACAGUUGACGUGGAUGCUCAAUGAGCUCAGUUCACCUUAUGGUGACACCGAUCAAAAGCUCGCCUCCUACUUCCUCCAAGCCUUGUUUAGCCGCAUGACAGACUCCGGCGAACGGUGUUACCGGACUUUGACGUUAGCUUCGGAGAAGAAUUGCUCUUUCGAGUCUACCAGAAAAAUGGUGCUGAAAUUCCAAGAGGUGAGCCCUUGGACUACAUUCGGCCAUGUUGCUUGUAACGGUGCAAUCAUGGAAGCUUUUGAAGGUGAGAGCAAGUUACAUAUAGUUGAUAUUAGCAACACGUACUGCACACAGUGGCCUACUUUGCUUGAAGCCCUGGCGACUCGCACAGAUGAAACGCCGCACCUACGGCUCACCACCGUGGUAGCCAGCAAAGCCGGUGGCGCCACCGGAGGAGAAGUUUCGGCGCAAAGGGUCAUGAGAGAGAUUGGAAACAGAAUGGAAAAGUUUGCUAGACUCAUGGGUGUUCCCUUUAAAUUCACCGUUGUACACCAUACAGGUGAUUUAUCAGAAUUGAAUUUGGCUGAUUUGGAUAUCAAAGAUGAUGAAGCACUUGCAAUCAACUGUGUCGGCGCCUUACAUUCCGUUUCAACGAUCGGUGACCGCCGGAACUUUCUAAUAUCGAUGUUUCUGAGAUUGCAGCCUAGGGUUUUAACUGUUGUUGAAGAAGAAGCUGAUCUUGAUGUGGGUACUGAUGGGUUUGACUUUGUUAAAGGCUUCCAAGAGUGUUUGAGAUGGUUUAGGGUUUACUUCGAGUCAAUGGACGAGAGCUUUCCAAGAACAAGUAAUGAGAGAUUGAUGCUCGAACGCGCCGCCGGACGUGCAAUCGUUGACCUGGUCGCUUGCCCUCCGUCGGAGUCAGUCGAACGACGACAGACCGCCACGCGCUGGUCACAUCAUCUGCAUGCGAGUGGGUUUAGCCCUGUUUUGUUUAGUGAAGAAGUGAGUGAUGAUGUACGCUCUCUUCUGAGGAGAUAUAAGGAGGGUUGGUCGAUGGCACAGUGCUCUGAUUCUGCCGGAAUAUUCUUGUCCUGGCGGGAUCAGCCGGUGGUUUGGGCUAGUGCAUGGAAGCCUUCAUAA